AUGAAAAUUCUCCAAAGUCCUUCCAAGCGCUCCGUCAUUAGUGCCAUGAUUUCACGUCAGCUUGCCGCGCGGUUUAAAACACCCUCAACUUCGCGACUCUCUAGGAUACAGUUCAAUUCUUAUAAUCUCUGCCCUGGAUUGACCAAAACUCGCUCAAUUAUGAACUCGCCUUCGAGUACUCUCAAUGCCCCCUAUAUUCCAAAGAACGCAGCGGGGAUUAAUCUUAAACGGAAUGUUGGGAUUCCAACGAAGGAACCGGAGGAGCCUUUGCAGCUCGGUACAAAGCUUGUUGAUCAAUUGCUUCAACACAGGACCGAGCCUACAUUAGCCUGUGUUUACUUGGCUACUUCGAGAAACGGAAAGAAGUAUGUCAUGAAAAACAUCUUCCAUACUGAGUUUGAGUACCAACUCGAUCUUCAAAUCCCGCUUGCGAGCUGCCCAAAUCUUCGGGUUGUGAUGGACACGAUUCCCGAACACCUUCUAUUUGUCUAUGAUUACUUUACCGACGAUCUUUUGGAACUGGCCGAGAAAGGGAAUCUCUCUGAUACUGAAAGAAAGAGAAUUCUGCGCGCUACGCUAGCUGGUCUUGCGGAUUUGCAUGAACGGAGCAUCCUACACGGUGACAUCAAACCCAACAAUGUAUUUGUGAACUAUGAUGAGAAUCCUGAUGGUUCUAUCAGAGUAAAUCAAGUCCAGAUUGGUGACCUUGAGAUGGGGUCAAUGAUUCCACUGGGUUUAAAUGUCCGUGGAGCCCGACUAGGAAAUCCCAUGUGGCGCAGUCCUGAGUCCCAUGCUGCUGCUCGGAUCAAUUGCCCAUCUGACAUAUUUUCUUUCAGCCUUGUUAAGAUUAUUUUUCGUAUUGAUUCAGAAGGGUUGACUGAAGAGGAGAAGGAAAGGUUAGUUGCAAGGCGCCUGCUCUCACAUUUUGGGGAUAGCCCGGGACUGGUCGGCCUCGUGGAGCAUUUGGAUUAUGAUGCUGCACCAUGGCGAGACCUUGUUCUGGAUGUGAUCAAGGAGUUCUCACCAGAAAACCCAAGGAAACCAUUCUCCAUGUGGGAGGAUGUUGAUGAAUGCUUCCGAGAUGUCAUCAUGAAGAUGACCAGCCUGGAUCCCGCGAGAAGGAUCACAGCGAGGGAGGCCCUUGAACACCCUUGGUUUCAGGAUGUAUAG